AUGACUGAUGGAACUGACUUUGAGUUUUUCCCACCUCUCCCAUCACUUCUCAGUGACAGCAACAUCAUGUCUGAGGAGUCUCUUAAGGAAAGUUCCGAGCCGGACCUGGACGGGUACAUACAGCACUGCUUUAAACGCUACAAGUUCAUAGAGAGGCAUCCAAAUGCUUUCUUGAAGCUGAAACCAAGUCGAUUUGGCCCAGCUCCGCCUCGACGUCGCAUUCUGGUUGCCCCGCCUAUGCAAGGGGCAUCUCUUCCCAGAGCCAAACCGCUGUUACCUGAGCCCUUGGAUCAAAAGCAGGAAACGUUUGUUGUCAAAGAACAGCUUAAGGAAGCUCCUAAGAUUCCUACAGAGGAAGACGAAGUACGAGAACUGGGAGCUUGGAUUGAAGAGAGGAAGAAGUUGCAGAAUCUGCUGAACAAAUGUGCCGAUGUUGAGUCGUGGCUGAUGGGGAAAGAAUCCAGCAGCGAGCAGGAAGCCAAUGUGCUGAGAAAAAUCCGGGAGUCCAGAGUAGCGAAGAAGACCCAGGUGAAAGCCCAGCUAGCUGCUACCAGCAGCAUUGAGCAAAUACUGCCAGUGAGGAAGCCGAAGAGAAUCAUGCCUCUCAUCAAAUCUCCCUAUCCAGAGUCUCUCAUUACCCUGCAAAAUCUUCUGCACAAACAAAAACUCAAGCUAGUGGACAUAUUCAACAAAGAAGAUCGGACCAAGACCAUGAAGUUCAAAAGAGCAGACUUCAUCAGAGUUAUCGAAGGGACCAAGGUACCCAUCAGUAGAAAUGACUUGGAGGAUGCGAUCAUCUACCUCACGUCUACAAAGAGAGGCAAUUAUAUAACCAACAGUGAUCUGGUGGAAUGUCAGAAAGUAUGGAUGGACUACCUAAGGGAGCAAUGGAAACAUGCCAAAGAAGCCAAGCCAGGGGAGGAAAGAGUAGUGCUGGAGCAAGAGCUUCUGCGUACUGACCAAAAAGUUGGUCCCAUGACUCCAAAGAGGUUUUCAUCAUGUCAUAGCAAGACUAAACUUGUACCGUCUCAGAAUCCUAAAUCAAAUCACUUGGAAGUUCCCUCCAUCAACACUGAACCAGACCGUAUGCAUCUAAGUUAUAUUAAAAUGGAAGAGGUCGGAAAGAGAUACAGAGAAGUGAGACGGCAGCUAAAGAGAAAGAUAACCCCCUUAGAAUGGGCAGAAAAUUGUCGAGUGGUGAAGUCUGGGGACCCAGUUGUGGAUGCUCAUUGCAUGCCAAGCACUGUCAAGGGUGACAUGGGAGAACUGGUGGACCAGCAUCGGAUGGCUUCCCACCUGGCCUGGUUUCAGUGUGUCAAGCUUUGUGAACAAUAUGGAAUUCCACUUACUGAAAAACUGCUGCAAAGGGCUCUUCUUUACCCAGGGGAUAAAUUAUUAGAUUAUGGGGGUACCAGGCAAAAGAUAAGACAGCCAGGAGGCUAUUAUGAAGUUUGUGACCAACAAGAAUCAGUGAGUGAGACAAUGAGUGAAUUGCAAGAACAGCUAAAAAGCCCUCCCAAGGAAAAAGAAAGAGAACAGCAGCCAAAGCCUAAAAAGCGAGAGCGUCAGGAAAAGCCCAUAUGGGGCCGCUGGAGGUCCUACUCGGAGUUUAGGAACCUAAUGAAACGGCACUCGAAAAGGCUGCGGCUGGCUGCACAAAAUCUUUGGAAUGGAGAGGCCUCUGACAGUUUGACUAGCCAGUCACAAAUAGAGUUUGAAAACCGAUUCAUUGAAAGGGAGAUGAGAAAAAUGUUCGGCUUCCUCAAUCCCAAGACUGAUGCCAACAGCUUCUGGCCAGGACAUCUUCUAGACAAACUGCGGCUGUACCUACCCCAGAUGGAACGCGAUGAAGGAGAAGCUCUGUUUAGCCAUGUUUCUCGUACACACCCUGUCUAUCCUUGCAUCUAUCAUCCUCACCGCAGCUGGCCAAUCAGUGACCUGAAGUUUGUGACCUAUGGUGAUCCAAAUUCCCGAAAGGAAUAUUAUUAUAUUUGA